UUUCUAAUUCGUGUGGAUACGUGUGAGCAAUUUCUGAAAGCGUCAGACACGCUGUGACCUAACUAUGGAGACCACGCGGCUAAACGAACCAAAUUGGAGCGAGCGGGUGGAGGAUCUCGUAGCAGCCGGUGACGUCACGGCGGCGAUCUCGUUUCUCGAGUCUUUGGUAACCAAUCUUCAGUCGCGGUUGGGUUCUUCCUCCUCCGGCGAGAGAACGGAGUUUGGGCUUCAAUUAGCAUCCGCGCUCACCCAAUUGGCGGAUCUCUACUCUUCUCUGGGUCUUUCCCUCAAAUCCGACGAGCUUCGUACUCGUUCUUCCCUCAUUAAGCAACGUGCGUUGGAUUGUGAUUUUGCAUCUUCAAGGGUUUAUGAUUGCAGUGGUUCCGACGAUGUAGAGAAUCAAAUUAUUGCUUCCAAUGGACUCAAGUCUGACUCAAAUGUCUCACCUCCUGAUGGGAUAACGAAGGAUUCCACAAAAGUAUCCAGCAAUAAUUCAGCUGCUCAUGAUUCUUCAGAUGAUGAUUGGGAAGCCCUUGCAGAUCUUGAACCGAGUAAAUUACUCCAUGUAGAAGAGUUGCCUGAAAUAUCAAAGCUUUCGGUUGAAGAACCUAAAGUUCAAGGACCUAAGAGACGUGGAAGGGGGACAUUUACUUAUAAGAGGGAUGUGAUGUACAGUGAUCGAGACUUUUGUGAGUCGAGGUUUGAUGAUUUAGAAGAUAAUGAUGUAUCUCGUGAUUCAGAGAAGACUGAUGAAGCACUGAAAUCCAAGUAUGGCACACGUCAUGUCCUCGUACUUGCUGGUUUUUCUCCAAGUUUGAGAACUACUGAUUUGGAGAAGCUAUUUAAAGACUUAAAAGAUAGUAAAUUUAUCAUUCGUUGGGUCAAUGAUACAACAGCACUUGCAGUCUUCAAAACCCCUUCAGCUGCUCUAGAGGCGUGCAACCAUGUUCAGUGUUCAUUCACCAUACGUGUUCUCGAUGAUCACGAUUCUCUUUUGGGCUCGAUUUCUGGAAAAGAUUUGGAACCACCGUCUCAAAGACCAAAGACAUCAGCGAGAACAGCUCAACGGUUGAUUGCUCACAGCAUGGGAUUGAAGCUACCAGCUUCUGGAUUCGGAUCUAAAGAGCUAAGAGACCAAGAAGCUGCCAGGAAAAACCGGAUUGUCUCCAGACAGAAACAACGGGAAGAUGCUUGGGGAGAUGACUGACUGACUGACAUUAACCAUACAGUUUGGGGCUUGCACAAUUUUCCGGCUUUAUCGGUUCUAUAUAUUGUCUCUGCUUAUUGGUAUAUACAACCUCAAUCCACUUGAGUUGAUCCUUGUAAGCAGUUACUAGUGUGUGUGUUUUGUAGUGUUUCUGUGUGUCAAAUGAAAUUGUUUAAAAGCGUUUAACCGGAAUUGAAUUCUGAACCGGUUAUUAUACUA